CAAAAAAUAAAUAUUGUUUCAUUCUGACAGAUUUGUAAUAAUCUCCAAUGUGUUUUAUUGUGUACUACCAUAUGUUUCAAACUGUGCCACUGGUGCCCAAAGAAAUUUUUUUCUUUAGUUUCUUUCAUUUUCUUAUUAUUACAUACUGGACCUUAAUCGCAAUUGAGUAAGCUAAAAGACACACGGAAUGAUUUUUUUAAAAAACAAGUCAUCAAGGUUUGUCCGUGGAUUUUUCAGAAAUUGUGUCAUUGUGUACCACUCUCCCCUAA